AUGAUCCCACACGCCGUCCUUGCUAUUACAUCACUCAUAACCUCCGCCAAGGCCGGCAUUCUCCCCCUUAAGCGGACCGGCGGGCUCUUCGACUUUGACGUGAGAUACCUCGAAGCCCAGGAAGUGGUGAUGAGCGAGCGGAAUUACAUCAACUUCCAUAUCCGCCCUUACCCCGGCGCCAAAACUUCGCACUGCUUCGCCCUCGGCACCACCCUGUCCCACACCCUGACGACCAUCCCACAAACGUGGUGCUACUCGGAGCACAACGACGACAGCACUGCGCCGUCCAGGGACCGCGUCUGGUUCAUGUUCAUCAUAGGGGAGGACGUCGACCCCAACGCGCCGACGGUCGAUUCGAUCUUUGUCAUGCACCACUCGACGGGGGCAUACCUCCGGAUCGCGCGGCAGGUGGACGACCACACGCACGACAUGGCGAUGCAGUACUUUCCCGCGGCAUACCUACCCGUGGUCGGGGAGGGCCCGGAGGAGAUCAUGGCGCAUCAGGUGUAUGACGGGCCGCAGAGCCCCUCAAUUGUGGCCGUGAGGUAUCAGGGGGUUGCGCAUUAGCUAUGUGGCGAGAGGGGUAGGCCAGUGAAGGUUGGAAGGUGGUGAGGUAUAGUGCAUUGUCGGAGAUGGGAUGGUGAGGGUCAUAUGGCAAGGGAUUUUACUCUGUGACGUGCGUUGGGAUUGUGGUGGUUAUUUAUAUAACCCGAUGACACACUCUAUACUAGCAAAUUGUGAUUCUGAGACUCAGCUUCCGAAAAUUGAUC